CGGCGGCGGCCGGGGCUGGGGCUGUCGGGGAAGCUGCUGAGCUGUGAUGGUGAUGACGAGGUGAAAAUGGCGGAUCUUUCGAAAUACAAUCCCGGCCCCUGACAUACCAGAGGCGGCGGCAGCGGCGGCGGCGUCACCCGGGCUCCCUCUUCAGCCCCGGGUCCCCGGUAGCGCUCCACUUCGGACGCCCCGGGAAGGCUAGCAUCUGGCCAGAGCUACCGUGCACGGGCAAAACAAGCACCGCCGGGCUCCGAACUGCCCGGGACCUGCGGGAGCCCCCGCCUCAGAGCCGGAGGCAGGAGAAGGCGGCUGCCGCUGGAGUGCCUGAUCAGCUUUCUCGCAGGAGAACGACCAUGGAGGUGGUGCCCGCUGAGGUGAAUAGCUUGCUUCCAGAGGAGAUAAUGGACACUGGUAUAACGUUAGUGGAUGAUGAUGGUAUUGAGGCUGUUAUUGUUUCAUCCCCAAUCCCCAUGGAGACAGAACUGGAAGAAAUGGUCAACAUAAAUUCUACUGGCGACUCUGCAGCCACGCCCAUUUCCACGGAGCCAAUCACAGUGUACAGUAACCACACUAACCAAGUGGCAGUGAAUACCACAGUUACUAAAGCAGAUUCUAAUACCACAGUGAAACCAGCUUUUCCAAGUGGCCUUCAAAAACUUGGUGCUCAGACUCCUGUGACUAUAUCUGCCAAUCAGAUUAUUUUAAACAAAGUAUCACAGACAUCUGAUCUUAAACUUGGCAAUCAGACCCUUAAACCAGAUGGACAGAAGUUAAUUUUAACAACUUUGGGCAAGUCUGGUUCACCAAUUGUUUUAGCACUACCCCAUAGCCAACUACCCCAGGCUCAGAAAGUUACAACUCAGGCCCAGUCAGGAGAUGCUAAGUUACCACCGCAGCAAAUUAAAGUAGUUACCAUUGGAGGGAGGCCAGAGGUGAAACCUGUCAUUGGUGUCUCAGCAUUGACCCCAGGAAAUCAACUGAUUAAUACUACAACUCAGCCCUCUGUGUUACAGACCCAACAGUUAAAAACAGUACAGAUUGCUAAGAAGCCUCGAACACCAACCUCUGGUCCAGUAAUCACGAAGCUGAUCUUUGCAAAACCAAUUAAUAGUAAAGCAGUUACAGGACAGACAACUCAAGUAUCACCACCAGUCAUUGCAGGUAGGGUUCUUUCACAGUCUACUCCUGGGACUCCAUCAAAGACCAUAACAAUAUCUGAAAGUGGUGUUAUUGGAUCGACUUUAAAUUCUACAACACAGACACCAAAUAAAAUAGCCAUCUCACCUUUGAAAUCGCCAAAUAAGGCAGUGAAAUCAGCUGUGCAGACCAUCACUGUUGGAGGCGUGAGCACAUCACAGUUUAAGACAAUUAUUCCUCUGGCAACUGCUCCAAAUGUCCAGCAGAUCCAAGUGCCUGGAAGCAAGUUUCAUUAUGUCCGACUUGUUACUGCCACAACAGCCAGUAGCUCAACCCAGCCAGUUAGUCAGAAUCCCAGUACAAACACUCAGCCUCUUCAGCAAGCAAAGCCCGUGGUUAGCACCACUCCAGUGCGGAUGUCAGUUCCACUUACACAGACUGUCAAACAAGUUGUUCCAAAACCAAUUAAUCCAACUUCACAAAUCGUUACUACUAGCCAGCCACAGCAACGGCUCAUCAUGCCUGCCACCCCACUGCCACAGAUCCAGCCAAACCUCACUAACCUGCCGCCAGGCACGGUGCUGGCACCGGCUCCAGGAACAGGGAAUGUGGGUUACGCAGUGCUUCCAGCUCAGUAUGUUACUCAGCUACAGCAGUCUUCAUAUGUGUCUAUAGCAAGCAGCUCUAACUUUACUGGUACAUCAGGUGUCCAGACCCAGGCAAGGCUUCCAUUCAAUGGUAUAAUCCCAUCAGAGUCUGCCAGUCGGCCCAGAAAGCCCUGUAAUUGUACAAAAUCGCUGUGUUUGAAAUUAUAUUGUGAUUGCUUUGCAAAUGGUGAAUUUUGCAACAACUGCAAUUGUACUAAUUGUUACAAUAAUUUGGAACAUGAAAAUGAAAGGCAAAAAGCAAUAAAGGCAUGCCUUGACAGAAAUCCAGAAGCUUUUAAGCCUAAAAUAGGAAAAGGAAAGGAGGGAGAAUCAGAUCGACGUCACAGCAAAGGAUGUAAUUGCAAACGCUCAGGAUGCCUUAAAAACUACUGUGAAUGCUAUGAGGCAAAAAUAAUGUGUUCCUCAAUAUGCAAAUGUAUUGGCUGUAAGAAUUUUGAAGAAAGCCCAGAAAGGAAGACAUUGAUGCACUUGGCAGAUGCAGCUGAAGUAAGGGUACAGCAACAAACAGCGGCGAAGACUAAGUUAUCCUCUCAAAUUUCAGACUUGCUUACUAGGCCAACACCAGCUUUGAGUAGCGGAGGAGGAAAAUUGCCAUUUACAUUUGUAACUAAGGAAGUAGCUGAAGCCACGUGUAAUUGCCUUCUUGCCCAAGCUGAGCAGGCAGACAAGAAGGGAAAAUCAAAGGCAGCAGCUGAACGGAUGAUACUUGAAGAAUUUGGACGAUGUUUGAUGAGCGUUAUCAACUCUGCAGGAAAAGCAAAAAGUGACCCUUGUGCUAUGAAUUGCUAACUCUUGUACAAAAGACUGAUAAAUGGAACUGUACAGAAAAUUGAAGGUGCAGGGACACUGGAUUUUCUGGAAGAUAGUUUAACAAUUAUUGUAUUGUUAAUUCAGUCCUUGUGAGACCUGAAAUUAUAAUAUUGAGAAGAAAUUUUAAAUGAGGAAAUUAGUACAUUUUAAAUCUUAGUUAAAUCUGCUUAUGCCCCUUCUAAAUUGAAUAUUUCUUUAUUGUAUUAUAUAGAUUUUUAAUUUGCUUGUGUUUCUUAAGAAUUAGAUGUUCUAUCCUCUGACUCUAUUGACAAAGAACAUUUAUAAAUUACUAUAAUUUAUAAUGUAUGGCGUUGUAUGACUUUGUUCAGUAGAAAAAGCCAAAGCAGCAUUGGUAUUUCCCAGUCAUUCUCUGGUACUAGACUAGACUAUAAGCAGAUAGAACGUCUACAUAAACAAAUUCUUAUGAAACAUAUUUCAAUGACAUUAUGUUUAGAAAAGCACUGUCUUUUUAAAGAAAAAUCGACUUUUUAGGGUGGAUUCUGGAAUAAUAUCCUAUUGUCAUUUUGGGAAUUUAAGAAGGGGAAGUAAUCCAUGGGCACGCUUUUAAAAUAAAAAAGUUAUUGUGGGUUU